GGAAGAAGAAUGCGAUCACAUUGAAAAAAUUACUUAUUGUGUUGCCCUGCGCCGCUCGAGCCUGGCAGAGACGCUCUCCAAAAUGCAGCAGCAUCUUAUCCUAUCCAUUUUUCUGGCAUCCUUUUUGAAAAUCUGCACAGGUGCAGAUUGGUGCUACCAGUCCCAGCACACCUGUGCCACCCCUUGUAAUGGACCAGAGAAGUGGGAUCAUGCCAACAUAGCCUGUGGUGGCCGUGUCCAAUCCCCCAUCAACAUCGUCCACAGGAAGACCUUACCAGACGAGCGCCUCACACCCUUCCAGUUCAAACAGUACCAAGAUUCCUUCGAAGGCCUGAUCAAAAACAAUGGACACUCUGUUCAGGUGAGCGUGCCCCACGAAGCCUAUGUGUUCGGUGGAGACCUGGAGACGCCCUAUAAGGCGGUGCAGUUCCACCUGCACUGGGGCAAGAACGGGGGACCAGGGUCAGAGCACACCAUCGACGGAGAGCAGUACCCCAUGGAGCUGCACAUUGUUCACAUGAAACAGCAACACUCAAACUUGGGAGAUGCAUUGAAAGAUCCAUCCGGAGUUGCAGUCCUGGGAUUUUUCUAUGAGGAAUCUCUCAGUGCCAACAGAAAAUAUGAUCCCAUUGUAAAAGCUCUCCAGAGCAUCAGGACGACUGGUACUCAAACCUCUCUGAGCGCUGUGUCUCUGGAGCAGCUGAUUCCUCCCCAGCAGAACCUGACCAACUACUACCGUUACAAGGGCUCCCUCACCACCCCUAACUGCACUGAGUCUGUGGUCUGGACCGUGUUUGAGAAGCCCAUCCCUCUCAGCAGAGACCAGCUGCGUGUGUUUUCAGACCUCCAGUUUAAGGAUGGCAAGAACAUGGUGGGUACCUUCCGGCCGGUGCAGCCCCUGAAUGGCCGCGUGGUGUACCGUUCGGGAGGCGCAGUGGUACUGGCCAGCGCCGCGCUCCUCGUGGCUUCCGUCGCCACGGUGAUGGGACUGUCGCAGCCCAACUAGAGGAAGGGCAUUCCGAGCGAGCCACACCCACCACCAGCAUGAACACCAUGAGUUCUCAGAACCAACCACAAAAAUCAACAGACGCACUAAAACUACAGCACCAACCAACCAACAAUCACACCUUUGACAACUCUCAGCCCGAAAAUGGCCCAGGCACUUACAAUGCAUUCUAGUGAUUCAUUCGUUUCUCGAACUCUAGAGUAUUAGAGCUCUCGAAGUUCUAAAGUUCAACAUUCCCCUCUCUGUUCAGUGUCAGGUCAAUUUAGAGUCCUCAGACUAAAGUUACCAUACAAAAUGUGAGGACCCUCUGCUCUGUGGUCGCUGCUGUAGUCUAGAUAUAGAUGCCUGUACAUCCAUGACCUGGUUGGCACUGGACUGGCAAGUGAUCAUGUUCUUGUAAUGGAACGUGUUAAUGGUGGCUAGUUGCUAUUAAUAGCUAGCGGUCAUAAAUACUCUCCAGUCUCCAGUUUAUAACCUAGGAGAGGAGAGGAGAGAGAUGCCAUGGCCUUUCCCUCUGCAUUGCCAAGUUCCAUGAACUCCCAUUAUCGCCACCACCGUCACCAGUCAGGGUGGGCAUUCUAUGCCACCCACCAUGGGCCGGGCAACAUUAUCUGAGGGGUAAGGAGGACGGAGGUCCCCUAGCAACACCUGAAUCACCCGCCCAGGGGUAACUAAAGGGCACAGGCUGACCCACGAUGAACACAACACACCAAACAGUUCUAAGUGUUAAAGUGUAUAGAGGCUGAACUGUCCCUGUCCCGACUCCCAAACCCCCCCCAGUCACACAUGAGCUCAACGAGGAGGAAGAGGAGGUGGAGGAAGAUGACGAUGCGGUGCCGGAGUGAUGAGCUUUUUCCGGCUCCCUCCAAAACUGCUCUGACAAUAGGUCAUGUGACAGGGGGCGAUUCUGAACACACAGCUUCUAGAAGCUGAAUAGGGAGUUGACACAGCAAUAUUUAAGAUAAACCAACUAAUUGAUUGAUAAAUAGAUAUAUUAAUCAAUUGAUGGAUUGAUUGAUUGACAGAUUGAUUGAUUGAUACUUAUUGGACCAAUGUCAUUAUAGUAUUAUUACCAAUUAUCCACAUCAAAUGUUUAGCAUUGAUCUGCAUGUUGUCUCUCGCUCUCUCUCUCUCUCUCUCUCUCUCUCUCUCUCUCUCUCUCUCUCUCUCUCUCUCUCUCUCUCUCUCUCUCUCACGCCGUAACAGAACUAAAGAACCAGAGACACUGUACAACUCUGACACAGCUUUCUACCUAGCCACCCUAGACACUUCAGUAACUGUAUACUUCUCCACCAGCUCAUGGCCAAUUAAACUUUCCCAGGUUAAUCUUUGAGAACACGUGACUUGUGUUCAUGUCUUCUAUUACAGGGUCUCGGAUGCACUGAUUGUUACCUACUGUGAAUUACUACUCCAAUAUUAUGAUUUCUCAUUUUGUUUCUUCUGAGGGUUUCUAUCAGGCAAGAUAUAUGUGCAAUUCUCUUGUGAUUAAGACAAGACAGAUUGAACUAGGAAUAUAUUAUACAUGUUUCAUAACUCACCAAUGUUAUAUUACAUUUCUAUACUGUGUAAUUUGUACUGUAUGUACAGUAUGGGUAUAUUGAUAUAUAAGGACACACUGUUGAUGUUAUUAAUAUAUAGCUAGGAAUGUAAAAGUUUAUAUAUAUAUAUAUAUAUAUGUAUCGACAUCUAUCAGAAAGAAAACCAAUCCCCCAAAAAAUGAAAAUUGACUGCAUUAUCAAGUUGUUUCUGACCAAUUCAAAAUAUGUUUACUCUUCAAAUGUUCAAAAGUAUUGAAUGGUUUCGUUUGUUUGGUUGUAAUGCUUGAAAAUGUCAUACGUGAUAUGGAGAAUGUGUUCCGAUUUAACAAUAAACUACUGACAUGCCUUUUUAAUAAGUUGGUCUAUCUGGUUCAUUGUCAAAGGUAUGUCAGAUUAGUAUGAGCAAUAA